GUUGCCGACUUGUUAGGCGGUUUCCAUUACGUCGAACAUGUCGGUGCCAGCACGAUGUUUUGAAGACCCUUCGCUGAACGUGAACCGUGUUGAAGCCCAUCGAUAUAGCUCCAGGCGAUCACUUACAAGAUAAGACUACGAAGGCUCGGAAAGCCCAAGUCCACAAACGUCCUAUUUCUUCAAGUUCCGAUGUCAGGCUCUAGUUAUCAACUCCCAGACCUGCUCUCGCUCACGCGCGAUUUCGAUCUGCGGACAAACAGACACUGUCGCAGUGUUUUGGAGGCUUCGCAACAUUGGCUAUUGAGCCUCAACCACGAAUUAAAAGACGUUAUCCUCACGGAGGAUGAAAUGAAAUACGUACCAGGACUGAAGAUGGGUCUUUUAGCCAGCCUAUGCUUCCCUACCUGUGAUCUUCCGCAGUUGAGGCUUGCUUCAGAUUUCAUUGGCCUGCUGCUGAUUUCAAACGAGAGGGUGAAAAGGGGUAUAAAUGGCUUCGGAUGGAGUGGAAUGUCUGCAGAAGAUUUGGAAAGUUUGGAUCAGGCAGGGUUUGUUGAGCUCUUGGAAAGCCAUGAACUCUUCAAACAUCUUCAACCACGUAUUUCCCGAUUGAUAUCAAUCACAACACCACGUUGGCAAAAACAGUUCACUUCAUCGCUACUUGCCCUUCGAGACGCUCAGGCUAGAGCAACCAAGUAUCGCAAAAACAACACCCUCCUCGUGCUGGACGAUUACGUUGAUUUCUCCCGCGACUUGAGUGGUUUGAGGGCCGUAUUCGACCUGGUAGAGUCCUCAGAAGGUCUCAAUCUGGACCUUACGGAGAUGAGAUUAGAUGACGCCGAUGACCUCAGGAUGCUGAGACGGGUUGCGGCUGAAUUCAUUUCACUAGCAUUUGACAUCUUCUCUUUCAACAAUGAUCACUUGGCCAAGAGCAAACUCAAUCUCGUCGAGGUGUUGAUGUCGCAACGAGACCUGUCCAUACAAGGCGCUAUCAAUCAAGCUGGUCAUCUAUUCAAAGACAAGUUUGAAGCUUUCAAAAACUUGGAAUUAUCAUUGUGGUCUCGCCAUCCUCGGGGGGAAUCAGACGUCAUCCCUGCUUCCAGGAACAUUAGUUUGGGCGCAACACUUUCAACUUGGAUCAGGAGCCCUCUCUCCCGUUCUAAUUCGAGAACGAACCUGAGAGCCCUUUAUUCUGCCAGUGAAGCCACGAAAUGGGAUACAAUCACUGUUAACGAUGUCUCGUUAUUCUUGCAAGGACUAAAAGACUGUAUGGGAGGUUCAUUGAACUGGGCAUAUGAGACCGAGCUCUUUUUUGGGAGUAAGGGAGAGGCAAUCCGGAACUUUGGGUGGAUUUUUUUGUCCUCUCCGAAAUGA